GAUGAGUUCAUCUAUGAUGAAUGUGUGGAGUUUUCGGUGCUUUGUGAUACUCUGUUUACUCUUGAUCACCAUUUGCCUUAUUGAUGGAGCGAAAAAAAAGAAUAUUAAGUAUACGACACCAAAUAAAUAUAAAAGAGUUUUCACAAUUGCUGUACCCCGGAAGUCCCGGGCAAGUAGGAAACCCAUGAAAGCAAAGAUUCAAAGGCGAAGUGUUACAACCAGAAAAAAUACCACCGACACACCAUAUGUUGAAUCAAUCAAGGAUCAACUGCUUAGGAAGAAGCCCAUUCAGGAUGUUCAUGAUAUUGUGAGGUCCAGCUACGAUCAUCUGCGCCACCUGCAUAUCCUUUAUGUCAGCCAAUCUGCGGUCAAUCUCACAUUGCGUACGUUAGAGAGAAAGCCUAAGGAUAUGACGUAUACAUGUGGGUAUCGCAGGAUCACCACAAAUCCAAUGGGACUCUACAUCAAUGGUAGCAUCAAUCGCGCGGUGGAGACUCCUUUCCAUGAUACUUAUAUUGUCCCUGAAGAUGUGAUGGGCUUGAUUGCCAUCUGCAAAGACAGUCGGGGGGAUGUGCUACAGGUUCAGCCCUUCACCUUUGUCCAGUCAAUACAUCAGUCAUCCAAUCAGCAGCCAAAGAGUCAUCGUCGUCCCAGUGUCAUAAUGUUCGGCUUCAAUGGUAUGACGCCGAACGACUUUCGAUCCACACUAGACGAUAUGCCAGGACUGAAAAGCAACAGAGAGGGCUGGUUCGAGAUGCAGAACUACAAGAGAAUGGGCGAGAAUAGCUAUAUUAAUCUGAUGGCCCUAAUAUCGGGUUACAGUCCCAGUGCGGUGCACAAUCUUCAAUCGGCCAGCGACAUGGACGCGAUGCCAUUCAUUUGGAAGCAAUACAAGGAAAAGGGCUACCUAACGGCCUAUGCAGAGGAUCUCACGCUCAUCCGAAAGUUCGCCUUUGAGUUCGGGGAGCAGCCCGUCGACUACUAUCUGCGACCAUUCAUGCGGGGCAUAGCCGACAGUUUGCAUCUACGCAAUCGAUCCACAGAGUAUCAUGGGCUGGGCAGGCGGCUGUAUGUGGACUAUGUCUAUGACUACUGUCAGCAAUUGCUGGAGCGUUACCUCAACCACACACAACCCUUUUUCGGUCUCUUCUGGACGAGCAAUUUCGUCACGGAACAGAAUCGGCCAAAAAGGGAGCCCACGUUGAUGGACUAUAUAAAACGCUUCGAACAGUUGGGGCUCUUCAGUGAAGCGAUUGUAAUAUUCUUCAGUGAUCAUGUCUGUCAUCCCAUGCUGUUCGUGUGGCUACCAUCGUGGGUUCGUCUGCAAUACCCAGACAUAUCCGUGGCUCUGGCGAUCAAUACACAGCGGAUGACCUCACCCCAUGAUUUGUACCUCACGUUGCAGGACAUUCUGAACUUAGGAACGAAGGUGGCAGCACAUCUGUUGCAACCAGAGGGUUGCCCCACCUGCUUAACGCUCUUUAAAGAAAUUCCCACGAAUCGCACCUGCCAUGAGGCGGGUCGCAGCGAGAACUACUGCGACUGUGCCUCUUCCAUGGAACUGCUGCAGGAGGAGACCGAGAUGUUGCCCCUCGGCUGGCUCCUGGUCGACAGCCUCAACAACUACCUGCGCUCUCGCAACCUAAUUAAUCGCUGUGAAGCGUUUUCUUUGCAGAAAGUUGAGUCCAUUCAUCAGCAUAGUUCUUCCCUCAAGUCGAGUACUAUCAAGUAUCGAGUGCGCUUCACUACGCAGCCUAAAGCCGCGAGAUUUCUGGCCACCGUUCUGUAUAAUCACGACACCAACCAAUUGGUGAACGUCAGUGUUCCCACCUUUGGGCGACUGCUUCGAUAUACGCAUCAAUCGAAAUGUGUGAAAGAUGGGAAUGACAAAAAGUUCUGUGUGUGUAAGUCACUCCCCAAAAAGAAGAAAAAGCGCAGGAUACUACGAAGAAGGAAGAACAAACCGGACGCGAAAAAACAGAAAUUGUUGAAAUCUAUGGACAGCUUAAUGAAGAAGGUGGAGAAAAUAGAGAAGCUCAACGCCUUGAGCCGCCAACAAAUCAAAGUGGAAAUGCGAAAAUUAAAAGAAGGAAUCUUAACAUCCACAACAGCUCCCGAAUGGAUCACCUAUCUGGAACCCAGCACCACGCCAAUGUCCGACGUAAUCGAAACCCAUGUCAACUUUCCGCUUACUCUUAACUUCUGAUGCAAAACUUUCCUUCACGUAACUUUUUGCUUGUUUAACCAAUAAAAUUAAUGAUCCCAGAUAA